AUGGUCUUCAGCAUUCCUCCGCUCCCAUGGGGCUACGAUGGGCUUGCGGCAAAAGGCCUCUCAAAGCAGCAGGUGACGCUCCACUACGACAAGCACCAUCAGGGGUAUGUGACGAAACUCAACGCCGCGGCGCAGACAAACUCCGCGCUUGCAACGAAGAGCAUCGAGGAGAUCAUCAGGACGGAGAAAGGCCCCAUCUUCAACCUUGCGGCGCAGAUUUUUAACCACACGUUCUACUGGGAGAGCAUGUGUCCUAAUGGGGGUGGCGAGCCGACGGGAAAAGUUGCCGACGAGAUCAACGCUUCAUUUGGCAGUUUUGCGAAGUUCAAGGAGGAGUUUACAAACGUGGCUGUGGGCCACUUCGGCUCGGGUUGGGCGUGGCUUGUGAAGGACACCAAUACCGGCAAACUGAAAGUCUACCAGACGCAUGACGCGGGAUGUCCACUGACAGAGCCCAACUUGAGGCCUCUCCUUACAUGCGAUGUAUGGGAGCAUGCGUACUACGUGGACUACAAGAACGACCGUGCGGCAUAUGUGCAGACCUUUUGGAACGUUGUCAACUGGAAGAACGUGGAACAGCGUCUUAGUGAGACUGGGUACGUGCAUUUGCGGAGUUAUUUGUAG